UUGAAAUGCCAUUUCUCUGUCUCACGCGAACCCACCGGUCACUCAGCAGUUCUGAUUGAGGAGCGUCAGGUGAGCGUCAUGGCGUCGGUGGAAGAGGAGCUGACCUGCUCCGUGUGCCGGGACAGCUUCAGCCAGGCCCACCCGCUGCCCUGCGGCCACAGCUUCUGCCCCGCCUGCGUGCGCGAGGCCUGGAGCGGCCAGGAGGAGGCCAAGGGCCGUUUUAACUGCCCCCAGUGUCUGGAGGAGCACGGCGAGGUGGUGUGCGACUGCUGCCCCUCGGAGGCCGGCCAUGGCCAGCCCUCGCCGGCGGUCAAGACCUGCCUCCGGUGCGAGGUGUCUCUGUGCGCCGGCCACCUGCAGCCCCACCUGGAGAGGCCGGCCUUCAGCAGCCACCUGCUGGUGGACCCGCUGGGGGACAUAUCCAAGCGGCGGUGUCAGAGGCACUCGGAGGUUUUCCGCUACUACUGCGUGGACGAGAGGGCCUACCUGUGCGGGGACUGCCUGCUGGAGGGAAGCCACGCUCAGCACAAAGUGAAAGCACUCAGACAGGUGGAAGAGGACCUGAAGGUCAUUCUCAAGACGCUACUCACCAAAGCAGAGAAGAAACUAAUAGAUGGGGAACGGAUUCUCAAAGAGCAUGAGAACAUUGAUUCCACCAUGUCUGGCUCUCUGAAGCAGGACGAUGGCCAGGUGGAGCGGCUGGACUCAGACCUGCAGCUCCAGGUGAAGAAGCUGGUGGUGGCCUUGAGAGAGAUCACCAAGAGGGAGCGGCAGCAGCUCAUACAGCGCGUGCACCAGGACUGCGCCAAAGUGAGGGAGGACCUGAGCCAGACGGUGCACAUCCAGCACUACCUGACCUUCCUGCUGGCGGAGACUGACCCCUUCCUGCUCAUCUGGGCCUUUCAGUCAGAUGACACAAAGUUGUUAGCUGACUUGAACUGCCCGCUUUUCACCCCUGAUCCCAUCAGUAUGGACAGGAAACACAUCCUGGAAGAUAUAGAGAGCAAAUACCGGGAGUUCAUCACUGCCACUCUUCGCUGCCUCACCGAUCUCAAGAGGGAGCUCUUGACCAGUCCUCUGACUCUGGACACGAACACGGCCCACCCUCUGCUGAGCAUCUCCGAUGACCUGCGCUCAGUCACGCGGGUUAAAGGCCGCCUGCCCUGCGCCGCCCACCCGGAGCGUUUUGACCACUGGCCACAGGUUCUCACCGUCCAGACCUUGAGCUCAGGGACUCACUUCUGGGAGCUGGAGGCUGAGGGCUUCUGGGAUAUCGCAGUGUGCUACAGAAGCAUCGGACGAAAGGGGAAGGAGGCAAACGCUUUCGGGAACAACAAGGUGUCGUGGAGUUUGACGCAGCAACACGACAAAAAGCUGGCAGCCUGGCACAACCGCAGGAAGACCCGCCUCACAUAUCAAAUGACGGGCAACAGGGUCGCGGUCGCCGUGGACUACAGGGCGGGGACCAUCACCUUCUCAGAAGUGGGGCCGUCCAACAGCCUGAUCCACCUCCACACCUUCUCCACCCACUUCACCCAGCCGGUGUGCCUGGGCUUCGGACUCUACAAAGCUGAGCUCAACAGUCGCAUCUCCAUUGUCAAAGUCUGAGGUGGGGGACCGAAAGACAAUUGGAGCAAAUGUGCUCUGUCUCUGGGAUGCACUUGUCCAGGGUUCAUAGCUGUGAGCUCUCCUUUUCUUUCAUCUCAGCAAAGAGCAAUUCUGUGUCUCGGACUGAUAUUGAACUU